CGGUGAUCUUACGGCAACUGCAUAAAUAUAGAACCUCGUAGUCUGGGCUCCCCAGCCUCUAUUUGUUGGUUGACCGUCCUACCAACUACAUCGCCAUGAAAAUCGUUCUUCUUUUCGCCUUUGUGGCAGCUGCUAACGCGGCGUGGCUGUGUCCUAACGGUGACUCAGACUGUGAUCCCGGCCAAUGCUGCGUUAGAUCUCUCUUGGUCAACAGCUGCCAGUUCCUGGGACGUUUGUACGAUAACUGUAACAACGACGCCCUGGCCAUCACCGGCUACUGCCCCUGUGCGGAAGGGCUGGUCUGUGUCGACUACGGCACCAGUUCUUUCUCCGACUUCUUCAGCGGCGACGGCUGGUGUGUGACCGCCCCCGCUGCGGGUGCCGUGGGAAACCAGGGAAACUAAGUGGGAAACUAAGAAAAAAAACUGUCGUCAUACACAUGUAGCUCCGAGAAACAUCUUUAGGUCGAUACAUGUCUGAUUAAUGAGAACUGAAUAAAGCAAAGUCUUGUAUUCA